UGUUUGACGCGAAAUACCAAAUAAAUAUCAUCUUGUUGCUGGUUUUUCUGUGAGUCCUUCUUUGGGUUCACUUUCAGCCCGAGCCGGACUUACGGCUCGUCGAGUUUUGUAGGAAAGAGAAGAACCUCCUUCCAGCGCAAGUUGAAUUUUUCUGUCCGCUGGGUCUAUGAUCACUAUGUAUAACUAUCGCAUUAAUAUUGUGUCACAUAGAAUUAGAAAGUGCUCUGCUGGUGCUGCAUUUGCAUGUGUAAAACCGCUUUAGUACCCCGUGUAGUUUCAGUUUGAUUCGAAUUAAAAUGCUGCGCCUACGCCACAUCACCCACAGACAAUAGGGUAGGAGCGAUUAUAUGUCAAAGACGUUGAACGUUUAUCGAGCAAACAAAGCUACAAGGAAUAGAAAAAUGACGCUACUAAAGAAGUUACCAACGACGCAUGUUGGCAAGUCCAGUCAGCGAUUAUAGCGACGUGCUAGAGAAGCAGCGACAAUGAUGCUCCCUCUUGUUUCCAGAGACCAGGAUGCGAAGCGCGGUGCUACUGAGGACGCAACCUUCGCGGUAGGAAUGGCGACUUCAAAUUACGCGAAGAACACGUCAUCAAUCCGGGAGUUUAAUAUUGCCGAGGAUGCGCCGACCUCCCCGAAGGAGUCUCACAGUCGGUACGUGUCAAGAGCAACGAAGUUCGAGGGGCCUGCCCACGCAGUGUUGAGCACAAGUUCUGAAAAUGCCUCUUCCUCCGAAUCUUGUCGUACAAGAUGCAGGAGUCGCAGAGCGAAGCUGCGCGGGUCGGCAAGAUUUGUGCUCGCGUACCUCGCGCUCCAGACCUUCACAAUCGGGGCUCCUCUCUACGGAUUUUUGUCUGCGAUCGGGAAGCUUGAUCUGCCCCCGCGGGCCGAGAACGCCGACGUGCCCACGUACGCGGCGACCGUGUUUCUCACCAUGCUGCGGACGUCGCAGCUCGCCGCGUUUCCGGUCUCCUACCUGAUUGACCUCGUGGGUGCGCGAUUGGGAACCAUGUUCGCAUCCACCUUGUUUGUAUUAGGUGCGGUCUUCCUCGGGAUUGCGGUUCGACUCGCGGUAUCAACUGCAAAAAUGUCUGGGUCUGGAAACUUGUGAUGCUGGUUGGCGAAUCAAGAGAACGCCAGAAAUGACGGCUCAGCAUGACAGGUUUUUGAGUCGCUAGGUGUUGCCUAUUCUGCAUGAAAAACUGGGUUUUGGCAUGACACAAAAGUGGUGCUUUUGGGCACCUUGCAUGACAGACUUGAUAGUCAUGCUAGCAGAGCAUGCCAAACCUGGCAUUUUUCCAGACCCAGACAUUUUUGCAAUCCAUACGCGGCCUCGGAGUGGCAAGCGGACCCGGACCCCGGCCAGCGACCCUUCUUCCUGCUGGGGUCCGCGUGCUUUGGGCUGUCCGCCUGCUUCCAGAUUGUCAGCGUGAUGAUGACGCUGCGGACCGUAUUCAAGCACGUCAUGUCCGAGUUUUCCAUCACGCUGUUGAAUGGGUGCUACGACAGUUCCGCAAUAAUGUUCACCAUUGUUGGCGUCUGCAGCACCGCGGCGGGGCGGACCGGGUUUUUCGCCAUUCUUGCCGACACCGGUGUUGACCACGCGGCCGACAGCACAAGUGGGAAUAAAACUUCUGAUGACCACGGGGGAGCUCCUGCAGGUGUCGCCGAGCAACACCAUCAACCUCCGCUGGGAGCAGUCAUCAGCGCUACAACGCGUGGUCCGGAGCGACACCUUGUUUUGUCUGGUGAUGAGCAGGGCUUUUACGCAGCGGAGUCUUUCGGUGUUGGACUCUGGGUCUAUGCUUUGUUCGGCGUUGCGCACCUUCUCUUUACAGCGUGGCUCUAUCCGUCAGAAAUGAGUAGCACGCAACAAGGCGGUAGUUUGAAAACACGACUACACGCGGCUGGUGAUCAUGCAAUGGACCUGGCGACGCCACUGCUUGUGGAGGACAGUACUAUGUCAGGUUCAUAUGAACGACAAUUGCCAUUGCGACGCGCACCACGCGAGGAAGAGCGUGACGAGGUGAACGUGAAAAUGGUGGGCCACGACGGAGAACCAGGACAAGAACAACGUCGGCCUGUCAUGAUUGCCGCCUCAGGUGGUUCCCUUAUUUCCGCGGAAUCGAGACGAAGCUCCAGCUCGAGCUCUGCAAGUACGCGGACGGGCCACGGUGAAUUCGUGGACAACAUGUCGGGGUCCCUCUCUGGAUGCUCGGCUCGAACAAACAGUGACGAGCCUGGUAGUUGCUGCAGCUCCACGUUCUCCACGCCCGGACCUGCGCGUGCGAUCAGUAAGAUUGCGCCGGACAAGGUGGCAGCAGCCUCCACGUUUGGACACGAUUUCAUGAACAUGGCACAAGACGACGAGGACAACGACAUGAUAAUUAGCAAGAACGAAGGCGUGUCUACUUCACUGUCCGCGCCGCAGCCAGACCCAGAGGACCCUUCUCUGUUGUUGACUACGAGAACAAUAAAUGCGGUCGUGCGGCAAAAGGAACAACUACCCGAGGAGGAGCAGGACUACCUACCGCUUGAGAGCGGGCACCCCAUGCGCAGUUGGGUGUCGUUACCCGGUAAGAAGGACGUAUCGCGGAGCUUCGUCGAAGUCAUGGUAGACCGCGACUACGUGCUAUCGAUUCUGUGGUUUGCCGUGCAGUUUCAAAACUUCACGAACUACCUGACCCAAAUGCCGGACAUCUUGAGCCCGCCAGUACUAAAUCUGAGCGGUUGGUUCUACCCGUGUUCGGUGUUUACUGCGUUCUUGCUCGGCACGCUGUUCAACUACCUGCACAACCCGAGUUAUGUGGUCUGCAUCACCACCUGUCUUGGAGUACUUUUUCAACUGCUAGUUUACACCCUGUGCUGCAGCGCGACGACCUCGAGAUCAACGCCGCCCGCCAUCGCAGAAGCGGCAACAAGAACCUCUGCACCUACAUCUGCUUCCGAAGCCUCGCUGCGCGAAACUCCUGACGAUUCUCCAAAUUAUGGGGUUGCUCCUGGAACUGCUGAUCUCCACGGUUUUUCCGUGCUGCUGCUACUGCCAUUCUUCCGAUCGGGGUUGUUUACCACCAUGUGGAUUUUUUGGCCCAGUUUGUGGAAGGACAGCACGCACAUCGGCGCCAUGUACGGCUUUGCCUCGCUGUUUGCGUUUGCGUUUUCCAGCUUCUUGAUUGCUUUCGUGCUCAUGUCGCGUCACACCAUCGCGGAAGACGGUACCAAAACGUACUCACCAGAAAAGGCUGCCAGUAUGAACUGGCAGUGGUUUAUGAAAACGAAAUCUCGCGUCACAGUCACAUCCGCGACGUUUUGUAAGGCGUUUUGCCUUAUAAAACGUCUCCGAUGUGACUGUGACGCAAGAUUUCGCUUUCAUAUGGUUUCGCAUCUACGCCUCUGUGUCCAUCUUCUACUCGAUCUACGCAGUGGUCACGCAUCGCUACCGCGAACAGGCACGCAAACGGUCGUAGUGGCGAGACACGUAAUGAACAACACAGAAGAAACGAUCUGACUGUUGGCGCUGUAUUGCCUUCCCCGAACCCCGAUUACAGUGGGGGGAGGAGUUGGCAGGCAGUGUCAUGGCGGGCGUCCGUUCCACCGCAGACGUGAAUGUGAGGGACCGCGUAAAAGAGGAAUUACGCAUUUGAAUCAGGACCUGGGGGUUGUUUCUCCAACUGCACAGUGCAACCCAGCGAGUUCAAAUCAGCGGGCGCAUGCUAAACGAAAGCAAGAGGAAGAACGAAGUACUGAGGACGACAAGAACAGCAGCAGCCAGAGCCAUCCUUCUAUGUCGUUUUUGGAACUUUUAUAGCCCUUUGGUCAGUAAUUUGUAUAAAAAAAAAAAAAAAGAAAUUUAUUAAACGCGUAUAUUGGAAUUGUAAAGUUGUAAAAGUUUCUCUAUCUAAUUUAUUACUGAGUCUGAGGGUGAGGCUACACCUACAACUAUACUGUAAGGGCACACCAGGGUAAGUAUGACUUCGAAAAACAACAGAGUUGGAAACUAACGAAACAGCCUCAGUCGAUACUGUCAUUGCAUGACGCCUCUGACGGGAUCAGUCGUGCAGUUGCUGCUGUUGUUUCCAUGCAACAUAUUUGUUUUUACUUUCAAUGAAAAAAUUCAAAGGAAUAUAUAAAGAGAGAGUGUCAGAGAAGCCACAACCACAAAUAAGUGCUCGUAAAAAUUUUAAUUCUCCGCAAACACGAAUGCCUCGAUCCUCGGGUUGACAAGAGGUAUUUGCGUAGAAAGUACUGUUUGAGAGCUUUUUGCGUGCGUUGCAGUGCGCAUAACUUCGACAUCUUUGACGUUUUGGUUUUGCCAGACUAGUAAUUUGCAAUGCUGGCAUGUUCGCAUCACUAAUGCUCGUUUUCCUACGCCCUUUAUUCCCUCUACUUAUGGCCACAAUUUCAAUCACAAAGCAACAUCGACUUGAAGCUGAAUAACUGCCAUUCCUGUUUAUCUUUAUCUACAGAACUCCGUCGCCCUAUCAUAGACAAUUCCUGUAUGUCAAUGAAAAAAUCGCAUAAGUUGACAAAAACUUUACCCAAUCCUCAACCGCGUACCCAAAACCUGCUGACCUCAAAAAUGUUUGUGAAAGUCCCAAUUUUAUUGCCGUAGGCGUUUUCUCGACGUAACACUCUUCUUCCGACGUCUGUUUAGAACUUAUUACGCCAGCGAACUUCUGUUUUCUUUCAUUUUGAACUAUCGUUUAUUUCGCUCUCCUACUAGUAGUCCUCGGACUAAUAGAUGACAAUGAAUUACCCGAACCGAACUUCAAUUUUACCUAUUAGCCCCCACCCACCUCAGAUGAAACGCAACUGCCCAUGCAAUCCCAUCUGCUCCUGAUGAAAAAUACAAUUUGGUGUACUUUACUACUAUUUCAUCUAUACUGCCUUGUUUAAUUUCAAAUGUGAGCUCGUACACUACCCAGCAACGCGAAGAACGCUUAAUUUUGUACUGAAUGUUCCACGCUGCAAGCAAGCAAUAUACAGCAAAAGCGGAAGCGCCGCUGCAAUGUUUCAGGGCAGGUUUCCCGUCUUCUACUUUCUUAUUUUCCGCUUUCGACUCGUUACUGAUACAGGAGGUGCGAGUACAGGGCAAAACUUAUCAAAUUAAGUGAUUUCAUCUUCACGUGGUGAU